GCUAGUCCUGCUAUGGCGAAGGAACGGCUUAUGAAUAUUUAUGACGCAACGACAACGUCACGCGUCGUCACUCAAGAGCGCUUCUGCCUUCGCCAUAGUAGAACUCGUAAAAAUGGAGACCAGGAAAAACGCAUGUGACGCCAACACUGCCACAAGAAUCCUUGAACCUAUGAGCCGCGAUUGGCCGUUCGCACACACACCUACCCACCGACAAAUAUCCAUCCAGGGGCCGGUACACAAAUAGACAGUAAACCCAGAAGGUGGUAAUCAGCCUUGGCGGUGAGAUUUUCCACUACAACCUGAUUAGUGACUUAUACAGUUGCGUGCUGCUGCAUGUAUUACCGGGUUGAAUGCAUUAUAAUAAUCUGAAGACUGCUGCAAUUCAGUGGCAUUUCAUCGCGGGACAGGCCUGAGGAAAUAGCAAUCGACAAAAAACGAGUUAUCUGUCCUAAAAGCAGUUUCAAGCCCACCUGAAGUGAAGGUUGAUUCAGUGUGAGUCGCACUGAUGGACUUCCUUGCUGGCUGCAUGGGAGGUGCCGCUGGAGUCCUGGUCGGACAUCCAUUUGACACGGUUAAGGUCAGACUUCAGGUACAGAGUGUUGAUAAACCUCUUUACAGAGGAACUAUUCACUGUUUUCAAUCCAUCAUACAUCAGGAGUCCAUGCUUGGCCUUUAUAAAGGCAUCGGUUCGCCUAUGAUGGGCUUGACGUUCAUCAACGCCAUCGUCUUCGGCGUGCAGGGCAACGCCAUGCGCAUGUUGGGCAAGGACACGCCCAUGAAUCAGUUCCUGGCUGGGGCGGCGGCGGGCACCAUACAGUGCGUCAUCUGCUGCCCAAUGGAACUGGCCAAGACCCGUAUGCAGAUGCAAGGUACAGGCGAGAAGAAGUCGUCCACUCGGAAGUUGUACAAAAACUCCCUGGACUGCCUGGCUCGCAUCUACCAGCGCGAGGGCAUACGGGGGGUCAACCGCGGCAUGGUUACGACCCUGAUCCGAGAGACACCGGGCUUCGGCGUUUACUUCCUCGCAUAUGAUCUACUGACGCGCUCACUGGGUUGCGAGCCAGAAGACCCGUACAUAAUACCCAAACUGCUGUUUGCCGGCGGAAUGUCGGGAAUUGCGUCGUGGCUCUCCACGUACCCCGUGGACGUGAUAAAGUCACGACUGCAGGCCGACGGUGUGGGCGGGAAGUUCCAGUACAGCAGCAUCAUGGACUGCACACGGAAGAGCAUCAAGCGUGAAGGUUGGCGAGUUUUCACGCGUGGACUGACUUCGACUUUGCUUCGCGCUUUUCCGGUCAACGCGACCACGUUUGCUACCGUUACCCUCUUCCUGAUGUACAUGCGGCCCGACGAGGGUACUAAAGACUGCGAAACCUCUCCUGCAUCGCCAGCGCAUCAUUCUACAUUGCAGCAGCAAGCACAGCCGUCCAGUCUGUGA